UUUAUUAUUGUUUCUUGUUUAAGUAUAAAUGAAAAAUGAUGUAGAUAACCGUGACGAUUGUAUGUACACAACGUAGUUGUAAAACUAAUGAGUUCAUUGCAAAUAUGGAAGAAAAUUAAUGAAGUCAACUUCGUUGUCCUUCAGGUUAAGGUUAGGUAUUCAACAUCCGUAUUAUAUAAAAUUGUUAUAAUACAAUAAAGGUGCGUUUUAGAAGGUGUAUUUAACUAGUUGAGCUAAGAGCGACAAAAAGAAGACCUCUUGAAGGAGAAGAAUCUAAAUAACAGAUGUAUCAAAUCAUGAUGUUAGUUUUCUUCAGUGGAUAUCAGUGUCUUUGGCAGGCAAGAAGGGACAAUGAAAACACAUUUGGAAAUUUUUCAAAGUCGACCAAUGAAAUGACAUUUGAUAUGGAGCCACAUAAUACAAUGACAACUGCAUCAACACAAACCUUUCCGAGUGUCAAAAAUCCAGACUUUAAAAACUUUCUAAGAAAUGAAACUGCAUCUAUAUUGAAUAUGACUGCUGCAAAUGAUGCAGCUAUUUUACAUUUUGUUCCGUUUACCUGGCGCCAUAUUUGUUCGACUGAGGUGGAACAGACAGGUUCAUUUAAUGUGUCUAUAUCGUGCCUUGUUGGCCAAAAUGAUACUUUGGAAUUUAAAACAUUUCGUAACUUCAGUAAUAAUACUAUAAAAUUUGACGAAAACAUGCGUUUUACCCUUUUAAUAACUUGUGAAGAUGGUGGAGAAAUUUCACUGCCACAAUUUGCCAGAGCAAGGCUGUUACGCUCAUUGACUGUAUUUGGAUGCAAAUUAUUAGAUUAUUUCUCUGAGGCAACAGAACACUCGAUCGAUCUGAUUCCAGACCACACGGAAAGGUAUGCCUUAAUUAACUGCCAAGUUAUUUUUGAACAACAGGACUUUAUUGACAGUUUUAGAAAGAAAGAAGAAUCAAAAACGCACCGAUGCGGACCAACAAAUGCAACUGAGAUAAUACUAAGAAAUGUAACUAACGUAUUUCUAAAAAUAGAAAACAUCACAGAGUACCCACCGGAAGGAGUCAUCAGUAAAUCGGCGAUAAGCCAUCGGAUCCACCAUAUGAAGAAAUCUAUAUCGUGUAUUUAUAAAAAUCUUUUGUAUUAUGAAAAAAGUUAUGCACCAGAUAUGGCGAGAUGGACUUUACUCAAAAUAUUUCAAUCCUCAGCUUAUGAAAGUAUUCAAGUUUUUAACUUCUCAUUCGGAGGUCUCGUUGAUAUCCCAUCAAAUUUCAGGGAAUGGCGAGUACCUUAUCAACAUCUUAAAUACGUCGAUUUAACCCAUAACAAAAUAACAGACAUCGGAGAUAUAGCGAAUCAUGCAAGUCAAUCUGAUGAUUCAAGUAAUGGAACUAUAGACUUACGACACAAUCAAAUAAGAACUGUAUCUGUCAAAGAUAUUGGGCCAUUGAUGCAAUAUGAUUUGUUAACUGUUGACAUAAGAGAUAAUCCAUAUGACUGUAUUUGUGAAAUGAAAGAAUUCGUGGAAUUCAUGAAAUUAAAAUUUUACCUAGUUCCCCCAAAAUACUACUAUCUUUCAAAUCUUUCAUGUGAAACACCAAAAGCUUUACAUGGAGAAAAGAUAAUAGAUUUAUCUUUGGAACAAAUUGGCUGUGAGAUAAGAAAAUUAUCUUUUUUAGAAGCUCCUGUUAUAAUUCUCAGUGUUUUCAUGAUUGUUUUUACCGUAGCUACAAUUCUUGGAAUUCGUUACAGAAAAGAAAUUGUCAUUCUGACAUAUACAAGGUUCAACAUUUUGUUACCAUGCCGUCAGAAGGGAGUCGACAUAGACAAACAGUACGAUGCCUUUAUUGCAUACAGUGAGGCAGAUACAACGUGGGUUGUUCAUACUCUUUCAAAGCGUUUAGAAAACCCUGACAAUCCACAGCGAUUUAGUCUCUGUUUGCAUCAUCGAGAUUUUAUGGUUGGAGCAGCGAUAUCUGAUAACAUCAUUUACAGUGUCGAAAAUAGUCGACAUACAGUCAUCAUUGUUUCCAAACAUUUUCUAAAAAGUGAAUGGUGUCGAAUGGAAUUUCGAACAGCUUUACAUCAAAGUUUGCUAGAAAAGAAACGGCAUUUGAUAAUUGUUUUGCUUGAGGACAUUCCGGCUAAUGACCUAGAGCCUGAACUUAAAAGGUGUAUGCAGACAUUGACAUACGUCAAAACAGAUGAUAGAUGGUUUUGGGACAAACUAGUUUACGCGCUAUCUGACUGGUCGAAAAAAUCGCAAAACAAACCAGAUAUUGCAAAUUUGAAAUUAGAAGGAUUAGAGAAUGGUAAUAAACCUACUACAUGAGAUUCACAAAAAACAGUUUAUCUAACGAUGCGAAAGAUAUGUCAACCGAAGUACUGAAGGAGGAGACAAAUCUCCUAAACUAAAGGCGAGAUUAAUCGAGAUGACACUUGAAACAAUGAAAUAUGCACCAAUUUGUUCAAACGGUAGCAAAAGUCGAAAUAUAUACAAAUUGGCAAAUGAGAUAUUAUCACAGGUGACCAUUCGGAUCAGUAUUUUAAAUAGUCAAAUCACUGUUAAAACAAUAACAAUAGUGACUAUAUCGUAAGGUAUAUGACCUGAUGUUUUAAUGACAAACAAACAUCAUACCUACGAUAUUGCGUAUAUGCAACAUAUUGCUUACACCCACAUAAAUAUUUACCUAUCACUCUUGUGCAAGUUAAUAACUUAUUAACAGGUAUUUGUUAUACAAAAUACUUGUAAAAUAUAAAGAUUUAUUUCAGAAACGAAAAUGCUGUCUCAGAAAUUCUCAGUCAAUGUUUAUUCAGACAAACUAAAAAUCGUCGACGAAAAAAUCUGAAGUUGCAAAGUACAAAAAAAUAUUACUGAAGUGAAUGAAACCAUAUUGUCCCGAUAUGCAGCGAUUUGUGACAUUUUAUUUUUUCUUGCAGCUUUUAAUCUACGAUGAUCUGAUAAUCUUUAUAACGACAGAAAGUAGUACAAAUUAUUCGUAUGCUGUCACAUUAUGAAGAACAUUUAUUUUGAAGUUCCUUCAAUACAAAAUUUUGUAUUGCCAACAGUUUCACCUUUCCUGAUCCCCUAUAACUAUAGGUACCUUACAACGAUACAAAAAGCCCAAAAGUCGCGAAAAUACAAUUUAAAAAUGAACUGUACAGAUAUAUAUUUGGCUGUUUUCUGAUCGUUGGUAGGUUGUUGUCUCUUUUACACAGUCUCCGUUUCUUUUCUAAAUGUAUUUUUAUUUUAUUUAUAAAACAAAUGCAUGACUCUUUGUUUACCGUUGUGUCGCAAAAACAAACAAUGUUUUGUUAAAUUGUUUAGUUAGUAAACAUGUUAAAAAAUUCUGCGUAAUCAGUUUAUACAGAUAGAUAAAAAGGUACAUGUUAUGGAAUCACUUUCCAUACGACAGUAAUCUUACUUAUUAUAUGGACUUUCAGUUUUACGAUGAUGUAUGAGUUGGAAUUAUGUUCACAAAUCUCGCUUAUGAAAUGGAUCACAAUGCUACCAUGAAACACAUAACAGAUCUCAGAU